AUGAAAAUAUAUAAUAAAAAACAAGCAUUUAAAAUAUUAGGAGAGAAAGUAUUAACUGAAAAAAUAAAAUUAAAAUCAUGGUGUCCAUCAAUGGACUUAUUAGCUUUUAUAACAGUAUCUAAUGAAAUAUGGGUAUAUAGAUUAAGUGGAAGUCGUGUAUGGGGAACUUUAAAUAAAGAUCAUGAAGCCACUAGUAUUGCUUGGAGGCCUGAUGGUAAAAUAUUAGUAAUUGGUUUAAAUAGUGGGACCAUGAAACUUUAUAAUGUUAAUGAUGGUUUACUCUUACAUACAAUUGAACCACGAGCUUCCGAAUUUGACAAAAUUACUUUAGUUAGUUGGGUAACAGAAAAACUAGAAUCCACUGAAGAGCAAUAUCCUUUACAAGAAUUUGAUCCAGCAAAGUUUUUACCGCGUUUAGCAUGCAUACCAAGUGCAAAAUCUAAAAAUUUUUCAAGUUCAUCUUUAACAAACUUUGUUUCAACCAAUAACGAAGAUAAACAAACUAAUAAAAUGGAUCUUCUUAUUUCUGGAGAUGGACGUGGGAACCUUCAUAUAAGCGUUUGUGGAUUGUUUCAUCUUGCUCUUAUACCUUUAGUUUCUGCAGAUAAAACUAUCAAUACUUCUAGAGAACUAUUAUGUCAUUUUUCUUCUUCUGAUUUACGUAUUCAAUCUGCUAUCUCAAAAAAUGAACAAACUCAAGAAGUUUUUAUUCAUUUAUUAGAUAUGAAAGCAUUUAAAGCUCUUGGAACAUCUAUUACUGAAAUAGCCAAAUGUUCUACAAAUUUUCAUUUUCUUCUUGCAUAUAUUAAAGAAGGAAUCAUAACUAUAACUGAAGAGUGGCAAAACAUAAACGAUAUUGAACAAGAAUAUUUACAAGCAUUCUACGAUUGUCUCCAUGAGCAUAAUGUUUCUAAUGUUGCAACUCCUCGAUUAGAAUUGUUUUCUUUAGUAAUGACAGGGAUUCCAAGUGCGCCAUUAAGAGACUGGAUGACAAAAAAAUUAACAGAAAGAGGUCUUAAAAAAUGGGAGAAGACUUCUUUAACAAGUUACGAAAACCUUCGAAAAUUAACACAUCAAUACAUACUUCCUGCAUGUGAUAGAGUUGCAUUAUUACUAAGCAAACUAAAUGGUCUUUCAAAAUGGCCGAAAACGGCAAAGCCAAUGUUUAUAGAAUCUUCAAAAAUACAAACAUGCUUAUAUAUCUUACAUAUUCUUAUAGAAAAUUUAUAUAAUUUUAUUAGAAAAAUAAAUGAAGAAAUUCAACUUUUUAAAUCAUUUACAUUAUGGAUGAAAUUUAUCUUCGAAGAAAUUUCUCCAACUGAAUUAAAUACAGACUCAACCACUCCCCACCCUGCAAAUGCUUUAGAUGUUGCUAAAUUUAUAGGGACAGUAUUUCCAACAUCAUCAAUUUCAGAAUUUAUUACAAGUAAUGAACAGCUUGUUUUACCAGAUAACUUUGACUCGUAUAAUUAUGAUUCCAAAAAAGAUAAAAUCAAACUUAGUUUUAAAAAUAUUUUAGAAAAUUUAAUAUCCCAUGGAACAUUAAUUUUCGAUAAACCAGCAGCUGAACUUAGUAACCAAUGGACUCAAUUAAUGGAUCAAUUAUUAAGUAAACAAAUAUCUGGCACACUACUUGAUAUGAGACUAAUAGAUUAUGAUGAUUACUAUUCUGUUUAUGUAGCAGGAUACCCAAAAAGACAAGAAAAUGAAGUGUUUUCACCAUAUAUGUUUCAAAUUUUAAAAUUUGAAUUGCACAAUAAUGAUAUUGAAGUAUCAAUAACUAAAGAAUAUGUAUCUAUUGAUCUUACAAUCAACUCAGAAGAAUUUUGGGUAAUACAGGACUUAGCUUUUAUAGAUGACAAAAGUAUUAUUUUACUUUUAUAUAAAAACAAUAAUGAAGAAUAUAUUCUUAUGGACUUUAACUUUAUCGAACUCAAUUACCAACCACAUACAUUAAACAAAUCUAAGGAAUUAUUUAAUUUCACAUUAGAACAAAAUUCUAUAAAAAUAGAAUUUACACAUUAUAGGAAAUUUACUAAUGACUUUAUACCUCAAAGUAUAGCUAUAAAUGGUCUUCCAGGAAGGAGGAUUGGGUGUAUUUUGGCAAACGAUCUACAAAGGUAUCAAAUAUUUGAUAUUGAUGCAGACGAUGAUGAUGAUGAUGAUGAUGAUGAUGAUGAUGAUGAUGAUGAUGAUGGUGAUAAUGGUGAUAAUGAUGAUAAUAAUAAUUAA